AUGGCGGCCUACAUGGUCCACAGACUCUUUUUCACUAUUAUGUUAAGAAAACGGGCACUGACUGUAAAGAAAGUCUACUUUCUGUCAUGCGAUUACACUGGAAAAGGUUGCAGUUGUUGGGGGGCUGUCAGUUCUUCUGCACCAUUCGGUUCCUCGGAUUCUCCAACAGCAGCAGAGUUCUGUGUCUCCGGGGAUAUCGUGAGUCACUUUGAUCACCUUGUUCAGCGCGGCUCCAUGAAGACAGAUGCCCAGCAGAGAUAUGUUCUCCAGCGGCUGGCUCACCUGCAGAAUGCUCUAACGUCCUACAGUAACAGCAUGUACAUGAACACACCAGCACGACUGCAUAAAGACGACAGCUGUCAGACUCAGAAUGAUGACAUAAUAACAGCAAGAAAGGAGGAACCGACUCCACCACCACCACCACCACCACCACCUAAAGGUCUCUAUAUUUAUGGAGAUGUUGGCACAGGGAAGACCACGCUCAUGGAUUUGUUUUACUCCCAUGUAGAAAAUAAACUUAAAAAGAGAGUCCACUUCAAUAGCUUCAUGCUGGACAUCCACAAAAGGAUCCAUCAGAGGAAACAAAGCCUGCCAAAACGAAGGCUAGGGAAAAUGUUCACCUAUGACCCCAUAUCGCCGGUUGCCAUGGAGAUUAGUGGGGAGAUCUGCCUCUUGUGUUUUGAUGAGUUUCAGGUGACUGACGUUGCAGAUGCUAUGAUCCUGAAGCAGCUGUUUGAGACGCUGUUCAAAACUGGAGUGGUGGUGGUGGCCACCUCCAACAGGCCCCCUGAAGAUCUGUACAAAAAUGGACUUCAGAGGGACACCUUCCUACCUUUCAUCGACGUGCUAAAGGAAUACUGUCACGCUGUAUGCCUGGACUCAGGGAUUGACUACAGGAUGCUGGAAAAACCUGCAGCUGGAAAACUUUACUACCUCACAGAGGAACCCGGUGCAGAAGCCUGCUUGGACACGCUGUUUGAAGAGUUGGCAUUAAGACAGAGGAGUGUUACGGGUCGUCGGGUGCUCAGUGUUCUGGGCAGAGAUGUUACUCUGAAGAAAACCUGUGGCUCCAUCGCUGACUGUACCUUUGACGAGCUGUGUGGCAGACCUCUGGGAGCCGGUGAUUACCUGGAGAUGGCUCAGAUCUUUGACACCGUAUUCAUCCGCCACGUUCCCAUUCUGACGCUGAGUCUGAAGGACCAGGCCAGACGCUUCACCACCCUCAUAGACACCCUCUACGACAGCAAGGUGAGAGUGGCGUUGCUGGCAGCGGCUCCUUUAGACCGGCUCUUUGUCCGCACUGGAGGAGAAGACGAGCGAGAUCGACAGCUGCUGGACGAUCUGGGCCUCAGCGGGGAGGCAGCAGAGAGACUCACACUGUUCACGGUGGAGGAGGAGAUCUUUGCCUUCCAGAGAACUGUCUCCAGGCUGAAGGAGAUGCAGACGGAGUCCUACUGGAUGGAGGGAGAUCGCAGUUCCAGCAGAAGACACAUGAACGCAUCUGGGACAGACUGUCAUUGUAAUGAUCUGUCUCCAGACAGGACGGAGCCUUGUUGA